CUUUACCGUGCUUUCACUGUGCUGUAUUGCAGUUUGUUGUGCUUUUACUAUGGGACACGUCUAUAAGUGACAUAGAGAAAGGCACUAGAGCCCAAACGCUGGUCUGCUUGACUCAGUCUCUUCUCCAAAGCUACACAUUUGAGAUCUGUGGAAACGAAUCUGAGCACACAGCAUCUGAGACUUACAGAAUUAUCACAGGCGUUAACUACAGACACAGAUUCACACACUCCCUUUAUUUUUCUGUCCUGUCCUUGCCUUUACGUCCUCUCUCACGCUCUCUUCUCUUUUCUUGUUUUUCUCUCCUUCCCUUCCUGUUCCGCCCUCCUUCGCAAAACAGAACGACAAGCAGAACGACAACAGCAGAGAGCUGAAGGGGCUGGACCGCCACCUGUCCACAUCCUGCCCCCUGCUGGACAACGCGUCCCCCUUGAACGAGACCAGAGCGGGGGCAGUGGACAGCUUGAGGACAGUCCUGAGUAACAGCCAGGAGCUGGACAGCGGGGUGGGGAGGACGGACGAGAGCACGAGGUACGAGGAGUCCUCCGAGCACGACCUUCUGGGAGACGAGCACACCAGCAACACCACGACACCGGGGAGCCAGCGCAAAUUCCACUUCGGAGCUGGAGGGGGGGGAGGAGGGAGGAGCGAGACCUCCUCCCUGCACAGCAGAGACUUCCACUUCAGCACAGACUCCCUCCUGCCUCUGGACUGCGGCCCCGCUCUGGGCUAUGCUGGGGAGCCCUCUCUGGCUCUCAUGAUGCCGGGACUGACGGAGGAAGAGUUAGAGCGCUACAGGGAGCUGCUGGAGAUCAAGUGCCACUUAGAGAAUGGGAACCACCAUCUGUUCCCUAACCCAUACCCCUACCCGUACCCGAGGUGGGCAGAGACGGGGGGCGGGCUGCCCAAGAAGCUGGAUGUGAACCGCAACGAGAGCCUGGAGCACGAGAUGGCCAUGCUGGAGGAGGAGCUGCGCCACCUGGAGUUCAAGUGCAGGAACAUCCUGCGAGCUCAGAAGAUGCAGCAGCUGAGGGAGCGGUGCAUGAAGGCGUGGCUGCUGGAGGAAGAGGCCAGCAAGGCUGGACUGGGGCUGGGGCUGAGCGAGCCCCUCGCACACGAGCUGUCAGACAUCACGGAGCUGCCUGAGCGCUCGGACAAGGACACCACCAGCGCCUACAACACCGGAGAGAGCUGCCGCACCCCCGACCUCCCCUCCCUACCGGGGAGAGGCAAGGGGACCAACCUGAACCGAGCCAAGCCCGGCCGAGAGGGCAGCCCGGCCAAGUUCGGCUCGCUGUCCCAGGACAGGGAGAGCAGGUGCAGUGGGGGCGGCAAGAGGCACUCGGAGUCCAGGAGACACCCAAAAAGCAGCAGCAUCAGCCGGGAGCAGAACACCUCGACCAGCCCCUGCUUCUCCAGGAGGAGGCGCGGCGCGGGCGGCAGGCUGCCUGAGCACUACCAGAGCUGCUUGCAGCUGGGACGUCCCGGAGGGGAGGAGGGGGAGGAGGAGGACAGGGUUACAGAGAGCAGCGGGGGCCACCAGAGCCCAAUGAGCCUGGCUAGCAUGUGCCAGGACUCCCUGGUGGGUGACCAGAAAGCAGCUUCCUUCUCUCCUCUUCUUCCCCCCGAGCCCGUCCGGAUGGAGUGGAAGGUGAAGGUGCGCAGCGACGGGACGAGGUUUGUGGCCAAGCGGCCCGUGCGCGACCGGCUCCUGAAAGCGCGGGCGAUGAAAAUCAAGGAGGAGCGCAGCGGGAUAACGACGGACGACGACGCCGUCAGCGAGAUGAAGAUGGGACGCUACUGGAGCAAAGAGGAGAGGAAGCAGCACCUGGUCCGGGCUCGGGAGCAGCGCAAGAGAAGGGAGUUCAUGAUCCAGAGCCGGCUGGACUGCCUGAGGGAGCAGCACUCGCUGCAGCCGGGAGGGGAGGGAGGGGAGGGAGGGGAGGGAGGACGGAAGGCGGAGAUGAGCAUCAUUGCGCUCAGCCACAGGAAGACCAUGAAGAAGAGGAACCGUCGGAUCCUGGACAACUGGAUCACCAUUCAGGAGAUGCUGGCCCACGGUUCAAGGUCCGCGGAUGGGAAGAAGAUCUACAAUCCCCUGCUGUCCGUCACCACGGUGUAGCGGUGAGGGGGGGGUGUGGAACGCUAACCUUUUCAGAAACAAUUGAAACAGAAAAAUACAAUACAGCACAGUACAAUACAAUUCAAUACAAUACAAUACAACACAGUUCAGUGCAAUUGAAUACAGUACAGUGCAAUACAAUACAGCUUAAAUCCUAAUUCCUAAAGGAAUUAAGAGAUGGGUAUUAAUCAUCAAGGAAUGGUCUUGAAUACCUCCAGAACAAUUUAAACACCUUGCAGACUCACAACCUGCCCCAUGGUGUGCACCCUAUUGACAGUGCUAUGGCAGGUGAGACAGUCCCAUGCUGUGCUAUUGACAGUGCUACAGCAGGUGAAUCAGUCCCACGCUGUGCUAUUGACAGUGUUAUGGCAGGUGAAUCAGUCCCAGCUUUUUUGUAAGCCUGCUGUGCUGAAAGACUUCACAGUUGCUUUCCUUCCUUACUCUGCGAAUCACAGCAGAGAGAUCUCUGUUGUUAUCUGUUUGUUUACCUGUAUAGAAACUGAACUGGUGUAUUUAGCUCUGGGGCGGGGCGAGCCUGUGUUAUAUUUUUUGUUUUUGCUUUUGAAAAAAACGGAGAGAAACAUUAUCUAAAAAUAAAAAAAAUAACGAAUGUGGAAUCGUUGACCAUUGGAAGUUCUUCAGCAGGACUGUAAUCGUCGGCUGACUUCGGAUCCCAAACGGGAUUGCACUGGGAGAUGUACCCGCUCCCGAGUUCUGUACAGGAAAAAAAGUUUGACCAAAAACGCAUGAAUUUUAAUUCAACGUCUUUAAAAAUUAAAAUUAAAAUUAAAAUCAGAGGAUAUAUCACGACAGCCAGAAAUGUUAACCUGUGUGCGUGUGCGUGUGUGUGCCUGUGCGUGUGCGUGUGCGUGUGCAUGCUUUAAUUUAUAUUAAUCCUUGUGUAUUUUUAUUUAUCUUACAUUUUAUUGACUAUAGCCUUACAAUGUGCGUUAUAAUGUUGCAAUCACUCAACACAGCUGGCAUAAUCAAGCUAUGGUAAAAUGUAUAUAAUAUAAAUAUCUAAUAUGCACAAUUCAAUCCUUUGGUGACAGCCUGAUCCAUCUUUAUAAAAGAUACCAGCGCCACCUAGUGACCGCUCACUUUUGGAUCAACUGUCCUUUUGUUUGGCUGACAACACACUCGCUGUGCACUAGAUGGCGCUCACAAACAUAAAGAUUGUAUGAUCUCCCGCCAGAGUUGCAGAUGUCUACAGCAGAGCAGCUAAAACUGAAGAGCAGCUCACUGUGAAACCAACACAGAUUUGUACAACAAUAAAAUAAAUAGUUAAAAACCAGUGAUCAGAAUGAUGGAAACAUCCUAAAAUAAAGUGAAGGAGUUGCCUGAAUCAGCAAUCAUUGCUGGUUUAAUUCAGCAAGUAUUGGGUCCAGAGUUCUCAUUGUGUGGGCGCCAGGGUGAAAAUUCAUAUUUAUUUUUUGCAGCAAGGAUAACAAAAUAAUAUUGUCUUUGAAUUCUCUUAUAAAAGUUU